CCACUGGUCUUUUGAUCGCGCGCGUCACAGCAGCGCAGCCACGAGACGCACGCGAUCUCCUGUUUGCAUUUGAACUCGCGCGGUCGGCAUGGUCUUUGGUCGCUUCAUCGAUGUCCAUUGAUGGAACACAGUAACAGUCUAAGGUUUUGGUGCUAAAAGUGGAAAAACCCGCACCGAAGUUCAACUUGUGCAUACGGGUGCUUUUUGGCGACGAUGCGUUGCUCUUCCAGAUUCGUGUUUCUUCUCCGUGUCAGACGCGUCUUAACGAAUUAGCGCUUCGUCGUGUGAGAGGAGGGUGUGUGAGUGAUUACCAGCGGAUGGGAUCCAGGGGAGAGAUUUCCCUAGGUGGAAUGCCUUAGUCCCUGCCAAACGGUUUUCCCAAGACAGCGACAGCGAGCCGCCGGUGAACCAUGGAGCCCUGGAUCUUCCCGUCGUCGGCCCUCAACCUGACGGAGCCCCUGAUGUACGAGAGCUUCGCGCAGGCCAACGACUCGGAGGGCCGCGGCAACUACACCGACCCCAGCUUCGACCGCACCAGCACGGUGGUCCUCACCUGCCUGUACUUCCUGGUGUGCACGGUGGGCCUCUGCGGCAACGCGCUGGUGAUCUACGUCAUCCUGCGCUACGCCAAGAUGAAGACCGUCACCAACAUCUACAUCCUCAACCUGGCCGUGGCCGACGUCCUCUUCAUGCUGGGCCUGCCCUUCAUCGCCGUCCAGCUGGCCCUGGUGCACUGGCCCUUUGGCCCCGUGCUGUGCCGCGUGGUGAUGACGCUGGACUCCCUGAACCAGUUCACCUCCAUCUUCUGCCUGAUGGUGAUGAGCAUCGACCGCUACCUGGCCGUGGUGCACCCCAUCCGCUCCACCAAGUGGCGCAAGCCCCGCAUGGCCAAGACCAUCAACCUGACGGUGUGGGGCGUGUCCCUGCUGGUCAACCUGCCCAUCGUCAUCUACAGCGGCCUGAUCACCAAGCACGACGACUGCUUCUGCACCAUCGUGUGGCCCGAGCCCCAGGAGGCCUACUACACCGCCUUCAUGUUCUACGCCUUCGUCCUGGGCUUCUUCCUGCCCCUGAUGGUCAUCUGCAUGUGCUACCUGCUCAUCAUCGUCAAGCUCAAGUCCUCGGGCCUCCGGGUGGGCUCCACCAAGAGGAAGCGCUCCGAGCGGAAGGUGACGCGCAUGGUGUCCAUCGUGGUGGCCGUGUUCGUCUUCUGCUGGCUGCCGUUCUACGUGUUCAACGUCACCUCGGUGACGGGCACCAUCAGCACCACGCCGGUGCUCCGGAGCACCUUCGCCUUCGUGGUGGUGCUGGGCUACGCCAACAGCUGCGCCAACCCCAUCCUGUACGCCUUCCUGUCGGAGAACUUCAAGAAGAGCUUCCAGAACGUGCUGUGUCUGAAGAAGGUGGGCGGGCUGGACGAGAUCGACCGCAGCGACAGCCGGCAGGACAAGUCGCGCAUCAUGAACGAGCCCACGGAGACCCAGAGCACGCUGCUCAACGGGGACCUGCAGACCAGCAUCUGAGGAGGCCGCCGCCGCCGCCGCCGCCGCGGGGGGGAAAGGCGGUAGCAGUAGCAGUAGCAGUAGAAUUAGCAACCGCGUACGUCACAAACAAAUUGAAUUGGGAACGGGAACCACCCGGUUUGCAUGUGUUGCACAGAGUUGCAGUUUGCGUGUUGAUCUGGAUCUGGUGCUGGCCCAACAACAGAGAGAAACAAGGGUGGCAGGCAUGCAGGGGGGGGGGGGGGGGGUAGAAGAGAAACAUGGCACAUUAUCAAAGUCACAUGGUCAGUCUGAUUGAACAUCAAAUAUGCCUAACAGAACAAAUGUAUCUUUCGUCCCCCCUGAACUGCAAACACAUUUCAUUGAACCGCGAAAGCCUCACACCCACAAAUGUGUUUGUUCAACGUGUUUCUGCUGUGAUCGUACAGAUUGCGUUAUCGAUAAAGAGUGCGGCCGACAGGUGAAAGUGCACUAACUCAGAUGGUCAACAGGUCCCUGCGAGAUAUGGAUUUUCCAACAUGUGCCCAUUUUGACUUCCCUUUAAUGGAAUAAGGAUAUGUGCUUACCCUUUCAGCUGGGUCUGUGUGUGUGUGUGUGUGUGUGGGGGGGGGGGGGGAUAAGGACUUUUACAUACAGUAUAACCCUCCCCCCUACCAACCAGGAAGAUAUUGGUUUUGUGUAAAUUCUCCUUUCUAGCAUGUCGCUUCACAGGCCCGACGCAGUGCAGGGAUUUGCUGGUGGGCGUAUGAGAAUCAUCAAUCAGUGGUUUGAUGGCACACAACCGGAGGGAACAAUUACACGGUCAACAAGUCCUGCGCUGUUGGGGUAAUGCUGUCUGGCCGGAAUGAAUUUAGGUGGCAUCGCAUUAGGAUGUGUUACCUGGAGCUAUAAACAACAGGUUCAAUGAUAAGGAUUUCUCUUUGGGGGGUAGGAUUUUCCUUCUGUGAGUGAUUUAUGUUCCUGCAUUUCUGUGGUGUCUUACAUAUUGUAUAUAUGUAUAGAUAUAAAGAAUGAUGGAAACUGUAUAUUAUUAUACCAUAGGAUUAUA